CAAAACAUCAGACAAGCGAAGUUCUCCCGUUUAAAUUUCUGGUUCUCUCGAUGGCCGAGUGGCUCAGUCUCCAAUUCGCUCAUCGUUCUCUCCCUCUUUGGGAUUCCGCUUCGACUCCAACUCCAAUCCGCUCUAGAUUUCAGGUUCGGUUUCCCUCUUUCUGUAUACCGCACUCUCUCCUUUGUUCCGGAUCCGGCUCCGGCUCCAGACUGGUUUUUCUAAGUAACCUCCGGAACGUAUAUCCGAUCAACGCGUCUUUGAACCGCGGAAUGUCGAAUUCCAUAGUGAACAAAGAAGGACCGAAGGAACUUCGAGAUGAGUCCGAUUUUGAAUCCGUCUUCUCCAACGAUUCUUACAUUUCUGUUUGUGGCUUUGGCUCUCUUCUCUCUGAGAGGAGCGCGCGAAGUACCUUUCCUGAACUGAUCAACUUUAGAGUGGCGAGAUUGAACGGCUUCAGGCGCCUUUUCGGAAAUGUAGCUCCUGUAUUCUUCGAGCGCGGCAUAGCUAAACCUGAAACCAAGGAGAUUUCAAGCUUGUGUGCGGAGCCUUGCGAAGGAGAAACUAUCAUCGUUACCGUUUUCGAGAUUAAGAAAUCUGAGAUUCCAGCGUUUAUACAGAGAGAGAUUGAGUUUCGAUUUCUAGCCGUUCUACCUGAAACAUUAGAUGGAAAGUUAUAUGAUAAACCAGCGGUUCUUUGCUCUCGAUCCACUGAUGAGGAAUUCUUCCGAGUGAGAUGCAAAGGAAAUGAAGACGUUUAUUUUCAGCAUUAUGGUCGUCAUAAUAUUGAUAAGAUCUGGAGAGAUGAUAUCUUACCCUGUCGCGUCUAUCUUCGACACUGUGUUUUAGCUGCAAAUAAUCUGGGCGACGCAGCUUACAACAACUUUCUGGAUCACACUUUCCUUGGAGAUCGUAGAACAACCAUCCGUGAAUAUUUGGCCACUAAUGGUUCGGGCAUUAUGGAAGAGGAGCCUCCAGAAUCCCUCAAGUUUCGAUAUGGCGGUUGAUAUUGCAGAACUAAAGAACUGCAGAGAAGGGCUUUAAAUAGAUACUUAAAAAAAGCCUUGAGAGGUACAAUCUAAACAUAUUAUAUGCAUUUAAGCAAUAAAUUUGUAUCUUAGUCACGAGCUAAGAACUUGAAUGAAUCCAUGUCAAUCCGUGAACUUUUAUAUAAUACAGGAAUUUAUUUUUGUU